CCAUUCCAGCCCGCUGCCGUCCAUCCUCUGCACCCCCCAAAAAACACCAUCGCCCACUGGCCGCCUCUCGAGUCGAGUCCGGCUGCCUGCUCGAUCCUCCCCUAGCUUCAGCCCGGGCUAUGAGGCUUAGCAUCCUCCGUGGGCUUGGGCAUCACUCUGCCUGCUGAGGACGACGUCGCAAUGUCGUCAGCGUCGCACCGCCAGUCGUAUCAGCCUCAACACGGCAGCACCAGCAGCAGAGACACGGGCCGGCCGCGGCCACAGUCGACCGCGCAGCAUCCUGUCGACCCCGACGAGGCCCGGAGCUUUGCGCUGCGAACCGCCUAUCUGCACUACCUGUUGCAACCCAAAGCCAAGCGAAAGCAAUAUGUCCCAGCCCCAAAGGCACCCACGCGAACGCACACCAGCGUUGGACAGCUGGUGCAGGACUUCGUCUCGGGCACGUCCACGAGCAUCAAGCUGCCUCACAACUUCGCUGCUGCUCUGCUGGACCGAGUUGGCGGCGUGCUGAGGGGCAGCGAGGCUCUGCCGGGCUACAGCGAUGCUGCUGUCAAGAGAAGCUUUGCCGAGGCGUACACGGCCUUCUCGGAGAGGGCGUUCCGCAAGACAAUCGAAAAGGAGAGGAAGUUUGAGCCCUUGGUCCUCAUCUUCUACUCUGCGGCCACCAAGGCUGCCCAGAAGGGCAAGACCCCGGACGACGAAUCCGACUCGUGGAAGCUGCUUCCAGACCGCCACCUGGCCAUGUUCGUGAGGCUUGCUGCCAGUGUCAUGAGGGACCUGGGCCACGACCGAGACCGACCAGAGCUGAUGGCCCGACUGAAAGACCUCGAGACCAAGCUUCUGAGAAACGACCAGGAUCUGGUCAGCAAUGGCACCGCUGGCGCUGGUACUACCAUCGAAGUGAUUGUGCCGCUGAGCUACGAGGUCAAGGAUAUGCCCAUGGUGCAGAUUGUCGCAAGCAUAUACGGCAUGGGCCUAUCGGAAGUCCAGGCCGAGAUCAACGCACACCGUCAGGUGUGGACAGAAGAGGCUGCUCUCAAGGACCUCAAAUCAUACCAGACGAGGCUCAAUGCCAACAUGCCCGGCACCUUGAGCAGCCAUGACUUCGAUGUCGAAGAUGCCUUUCAGGAGUGGAAGAAACACGAGGCUCCGCAUCUCUCGCAGAUGAUGAUGGAUAUCCUGACUGCUAAACCGGAGCUGGCCAAAACCAAGACCGGGUCCAUCGACAAGUCGCUACCGAGUCGACCGACGUCGUUGUACGGGGAUGAUCAAGCAUAUGCUGACCUCAGCCGUGUGAUAUCCGAUCCGGACUCGUCGUCCUUUGCGUUUGAUCCCUCCAUCAGCCUAAGCUCUCUGGCUAUUGGUGAAUCAAGCAGUAUCAGAACCGUAGAUGAAGCGAUAUAUACGUUUACCCCUCCUAACCCGAGAGCCUACUACAAGCACAUUCUCCAGCAGGCCAUGCUGUUUGACCAGAUCCAUGCUGACCCCAACAUGGACUACCAGCCGCUGUCGCACAAGUCCAUGGAGCUCCUGACCGAGCUCUGUGUGCGGUGGCGCAUCCCACAAUUCACGAGACUCAUUGUCCUCUUGGAAGCAGCUACCAAUCAGUUCCUCGAGAAGGAGAUCGCCCCCGAGGACCUCGACUCUGUUUUCGACAUGAUCAAGUCUCCAUCGCAAGAGCUCAAGAAGCCACCCCAUAUCCACGCGUACAACGCGCCUCUGACCGACUUCGACCCAAGCCGAUGGACAAUGCAUGAUUUUGCCGCCUACCAGCACACUCUUCACACUCUCCAUGACGCACUGCUGCAGGAACUCUUUGAUCUUCUGGAGGGGUGCUACGACGUCAAGCCGCCAAACAUCGGGCCUGUCAUGUAUCUUCUGGAAAACCACAUUGGCCAGGAUCCAAUCUUUUCUCCGCGGGCAGAAGUCAUGGACGAGUUCAGGCAGCUUCUGUCUGAGCGCCUAGCUCAAAAGGCCACGGCAGUCUACCACGAUAUCAUGCAGAAGCAGAUACCGGAGCAGAAGGAAGAGUGGGAGUUUGCUCACGUUGUUCAGCUUGGCAAGGCAGUGACCAAGGUGUGCGACCGGAUCCGAAAGCGUUACAAGAAGACGUCCACCAUCAUGGGCGUUGAUCCGUUGAGCAUCCUAGUGUAUGAAGUGUUUCCCAAGUUCGAGCAAGAUGCAAGCACCAUCGUUCAGAUCAUCAUGCAGUCGGCCAACGAGAGUGGCCAGGAAAUUGAGAUUCAAGACGGCUUUGAGCUCUACAAGGAGCUGAAGGAAAUCCGCGGUAUUCAUGAAGAAUUUCUCCCCAAAGAGCCCUUCGCCUUCAACAUUGAAGACUUGCUUGUCGACUUCGUGUGGCGCUGGCUGGCGUCGGCCGAGGCCCGAAUGACGGAUUUCGUGGACCAGGCGAUCAAGCAAGACAAGUUCCAAGUUCGAACAGAGAGCCCAGAUCAGAUCCCGGGAGAUGCGCAGCGGCAUAGUGUGUCCGUCAUUGACAUGUUCAUGCUCUUCAACCAGACGGUGGAUCAGGUCUACAAGCUGGAAUGGGGCAACCCAGAGCACCACGCCAGGUUCAUGACCGCGCUGGCGAGGAGCUUUUCUACUGGCAUUGGCCGUUACUGUGAGACCGUGGACCAGCAGUUUGCAAAGGAAAUGGAUCGUCCGUCUGCGCAGGAGCUUGCUGCCCAAACCCAGAGUACCCAGGAGAAGUGGAUGCAGUAUGCCAAAGAUGCAUGGAACAACAAGGAGAAGGCGGAGCCAUUCCAGUUCUUCCCGGAGUCCUUUGUCAAGCUCAACAACAUUGAGUACGCGAUGCAGGAGCUGGACAAGCUGGAGAAGACUAUGAAUGUCGAAGCAUGUGCGGCCCUGCUGGAGAAGAAAGACGGGGUCAAAAAGAAGACCCGGAAGCCAAACAAGUACACCUUCACCAUCAAGGUUGUUGAGGCAGAGGACAUCAAAGCUUGCGAUCCAUCAGGCUACAGCGAUCCGUACGUGGUCUUUGGCGACGAGUAUCAGAAACGACUCCACAAGACGCGUAUCGUCCAUCGAAGCCUGAAUCCUCGCUGGGAUGAGUCGUUUGAUAUCACCGUGCAAGGCCCAGUCAACGUCAUUGCGACAAUAUGGGAUUAUGAUACCUUUGGUGACCACGACUACGUCGGACGGACUUCGCUCAAGCUGGAUCCAAACCACUUUGGAGAUUACCUCCCUCGUGAAUUCUGGCUGGACCUGGACUCACAAGGCCGUCUCCUGAUCAGAGUGAGCAUGGAGGGAGAGCGCGAUGACAUUGUGUUCCAUUUUGGAAAAGCUUUCCGCCAUCUGAAGCGCACGGAGAGAGACAUGGUUCGAAAAAUCACGGACAAGCUUACUGUUCAAAUCAACGAAACGCUCUCGCUGGAGACUUUGCGGAAUCUUUUGGGAUCUGGCGGCGUCGGAGCUUCGAUUACGAGUCUAUGGAAGAAGAGAACUUCCACGGCUCCCCCCUCAGCAGGCCCUACCCAGGCACAGAUUGAGAGCGCACUCACCAAUCUGUUUGCAUACUUUGACGACAAUUUUGCCAUCAUGAAGAUGACUCUAACGGACGCCACAAUGAUAGCGGUCAUGACUCGUCUGUGGAAAGACGUGCUCAUGACGAUUGAGAAUCUUCUGGUGCCGCCCCUUUCCGAGAAGCCGUCGACCCAGAAGCCUCUCACACGCAGGGAGCUCGACAUCGUGUACCACUGGCUGGAGAUGCUUUUCAACUUCUUCAAUGCCAAGGACGAGCACUCGGGCGAGCAGCUCGGAGUUCCAGCCGAGGUGCUCAAAUCCCCUAAGUGGCACGAAUUGGCCUCGCUGAACUUUUUCUACUUUGAAGACACCAACAACCUCAUCCGGGAGUCGGAGCGCAUGGCUGCGGCCUCAGCACAGCGCGCUCAGCAAGCCUUGCAGCAGCAGAACCAGCCCCAGAGCCAGCAGAGCGGCAACAGGCUCGCGGUGCCGUCGAGUCUGGGGGCGUCGCUGGGCGGCGCCGGCUCGUUUGCGAGCAUGGGCACCAUCCGGCGCGGCAAGAGCAUCAUGAUGAGCCGCAACCUGGGCACGAUGCGCAAGGCCAAGGAGGCGAAGCGACGCGAGGCGCAGGCCGAUGCCAGUGACGAUAUGAUCUUACGGAUCUUGCGCAUGCGUCCCGAGGCGGCGAACUACCUCAAGGAGCGGCAGCGGCAAAAGGAGCGGCAGGCCGCGACGGCGGCAGCGGCGCUCAUUGUCAGGAACAGCGUCAACCAGGGGUGGAACUCUGGUCCCCCUUUCCAGGGGGCGCCCUUUGGACGGAAUAGUCUCUUGCCAAACAGGCGAUGA